AUGUCUUUGGGGUAUGAUCCGGUGGACAAACAGUUCAAGGUAUUGUGCUCGACUUGGUCACCAUUCAAUUCACUAAGUAUUCCUGCGGAGCAUUAUGUUCUAACGUUAGGAGAACAAAUGGUUUGGCGAACCAUUGAAUGUUGCAGACCUAUUCGUCAUCUUGUACAAGGCGGUGAUGGUAUUUGCAUCAAUGGCCUUUUGUAUUAUAUGGCUGAGUCCAAUAACUAUCAAGAUAUUUUCAUAGUUUGUUUUGACACUAGGUUUGAAAAGUUGAGCUUCAUCAACAAACCUGACGGCAUGUGGCCAGUAGGUCUUGAAUCACGACUCGUUAACCACAAGGGCCAACUGGGUAUUAUGCAGUGUUCAAACCCCAAUAGAAUUGAUGGACACGCUACAAGUUUUUGUUUGUGGCUUCUUCAAGGAGGAGGUACCGAAUGGACCAAGCAUAUCUCCCAGUUGCCUUUCUUGUGGUGGAACCUUGCUGGAGAGACUGAGUUGGGCAUAGUUGGAAUCAGGGCAGGUACAUGUGAACUUGUCUUGUCACCGCGGUUUCUAUCAGGCCGGCCUAUCUAUCUUUUCUACUUCGAUCUCGAGCGAAACAUUGUUACAAGCGUUGGAAUCCAAGGUUUUGAAGGGGUUAACUCUAAUAUAUUACUAGCUUACUGCUUCGUAGACUAUGUAGAAAAUCUCAAGCUUAUAUAA